AUGGUCGGGGAGGAUGGGUGAGCGUUUAACGGGAAGGUCUAGCAACCCAAACGUUGCGUGUUCAAAUCACAUGAUGGACAACUUUAGCAUUUUAGCUUAUUAGCAACUUUGCAACUAACAACUUUUUAACUAUUGAGCUAGCAUGUUAGCUAACCCUAACCUAGGGCUUCCCAAACUUUUUUGUUCCACAACCCCAUUUUGAUAUCUGAAAAUUCUCGCGACCCCAACCUUGUGAAUUGUUUUUGUCGUUUUGCGCAGUGGAUGGGGUUUAAUGUAGUUUACAAUGGAAGUUACCUUCUGCAGUAUAUCUCCGAGUUCUGUGCUCAGCUCUUUUGCCGCCAGUUGCUCUCGGUGUAUCAUACAAUGUGUCCAUAUGGCAGAGAGAGACACAUUCAUAACCAGAGUGCACAGGCCUGCCCGCCGUCCCACCAUAGAUGGAGCCCCAUCUGUGCAAAAGCCCACCAUUCGAUUCCAUGGAAUCUGUUUUUCGUCAUUAUAGCCAAGCAGCACACAGAACAUCCCUGUGCCGUUUCAUGCUCGGGAAUCGUGAGACAGAACAAUAUGUCCUUGUGAAUAGCAUCCCCCAACAUGUAUAGCGAACAAAAGUCAAUGCAUGGGCAUCUCGGGCCUCACAGCUAACUUCCAUUUGGAGAGCAUAAGCUGGGGAGUUUUUGAGUCGUUCAGUCAGUUUCUUCUUGAAUGCUAGCAAUAGCAUAAAUUAUUUGUUUAACAGUGUGCCUCUGCCUCCACACACAUUGUUUUCACCAUAUCAAUUGUGGCUGGUGAUAUCCAAGUCUCUGCAAUAGUGUGGUUUCAUAGUGUAGCUUGCCUAGCCAUUCACCAUGGGAAUGAUUCAAGUGCAACGGUCAAGUGCGGCCUUUUCCCAUGAAUUUCAUCAUUUAGAUUUGAAUAAUUUUCAUUUAGAUUUUUAAGGUUAACCACAUUACAAUGAUUUUGAGAAACAAUGACGAUAUAAUAUACUGUAUACUGAACAAAAAAAUAAACGCAACAUGUAAAGUGUUGGUCCCAUGUUUCAUGAGCUGAAAGAAAAGAUCCCAGAAAUAUUGCAUACGCACAAAAAGCUUAUUUCUCUCAAAUUUUGACCAGAAAUGUGUUUACAUCCCUGUUAGUGAGCAUUUACCCUUUGCCAAGAUAAUCCAUCCACCUGACAGGUGUGGCAUAUCAAUAAGCUGAUUAAACAGCAUGAUCAUUACACAGGUGCACCUUGUGCUGGGGACAAUAAAAGGCCUCUCUAAAAUGUGCAGUUUUGUCACACAACACAAUACUACAGAUGUCUCAAGUUUUGAGGGAGCGUGCAAUUGGCAUGCUGACUGUGGUAAUGUCCACCAGAGCUGUUGCCAGAUAAUUUAAUGUUAAUUUCUCUACCAUAAGCCACCUCCAACGUCAUUUUAGUGAAUUUGGCAGUACGUCCAACUGGCCUCAGAACCACAGACCACGUGUAGCCACGCCAGCCCAGGACCUCCACACCCGGCUUCUUCACCUGCGGAAUCAUCUGAUGGGGUGCUGAGGUGUAUUUCUGUCUGUAAUAAAGCCCUUUUGUGGGGAAAAACUCAUUCUGAUUGGCUAGAUCUGGCUCCCCAGUGGGUGGCCCUUCCCCAGUCAUGUGAAAUCCAUAGAUUAGGGCCUAAUUUAUUUAUUUAAAUUGACUGAUUUCCUUGAAAUGAACUGUAACUCAGUAAAAUAUUCUAAAUUGUUGCAUGUUGGGUUAAAUUUUUGUUCAGUAUAUAAACUGUAUUUUUGUAUAUUUAUAUAUUUUUCAGGAUUUUGGAAAUUCUCCCGCGACCCCAUUUUCAUAUAAGGUGACCCCUAGUUUGGGAACCGCUGCCCUAACCCUAACCUUAACCCUUUAACUACUUCGCUAACAUGUUACCUAGCCCUAACCUUAACCCCUAACCUUAUCUCUAACCCUAGACCCUAGCCUUGGAAUUUGAAUUCUUGAUGAAGAAAAUCGUGUACUGGACACGAAUGCAUUAUGAAGAAAAUUGUGUGGUGGACACAAAUCGUGUACUGGACACAUGCGAUAUGAGGAAAUUAUGCUUGGUGGUGCCCCUUGCUUAGUGGUGUUGCAGACUCUGAGUCCUUUCAGAACAUGUGUAUAUAUACUGUAAUCAUGUAACAGAUCAUCACACAGGUGGACUUUAUUUAACUAAUUAUGUGACUUCUGAAGGUAAUUGGUUGCACCAGAUCUUAUUUAGGGCCUUCAUAGCAAAGGGGGUGAAUACAUAUGCAUGCACCACUUUUCCGUUAUUUAUUUCUAUUUCACUUCACCAAUUUGGACUAUUUUGUGUAUGUCCAUUACGUGAAAUCCAAAUAAAAAUCCAUUUAAAUUACAGGUUGUAAUGAAACAAAAUAGGAAAAACGACAAGGGGGAUGAAUACUUUUGCAAGGCACUGUAAAGAAGAAGAAAAAAGAAGAGCGAUGAAAUCUCUAGCCAGCUUUAGAGGGUGCCUUCACAACAGAGAAAAGUGUGUGUGUGUGUGUGUGUGUGACUGUGUACUGCCAUGCUGGGUGCAGAAGGAGGUCAGAGACCCACAUGUUCUGGAACACUCUCUAUUUCUCUCUCUCUGUCUCCCUUGCCAUCCCCCCUAAGCAUUCUUCUCAUUCUCUGCUACUGUUACAGGGGAAUAAACUGGAAGGAAUGCGAGAGGCUUGUACUACUGUACUAAUGCGAUUAGCUUCAACGCGGCUCUCUCUCCCCUGGCUGCUUCUGUGUGUUAGUUUCACGCCCGUCUCCCUCUUCCCCGGCACAUGGCGCUAGCACUUAACCCCAGGCUUAGUGCAGCCGCCACAUUGUUUGGAUGACUCUGCAACUGGGAGAUACUCGCUCAUUGUGCCAAUGGUAGGGCUCGAUAUACUCGAAGGUAUUCCAGAUGCUAGCAGCACCUUUUUACAGUAACUAUUGUGCAGAAAGACGUGUGUUGCACACACUAAUGCUAGUGCAUGAUAUCCUGAAACGGAUUCCGGCUGCCAGUUGUACCUUUUAGUGUAGAAAAUGACUCCUUUCUAAUCCAACUAGAGUAAUCCAUAUUCUUUAACCCUCACAAUAUCUACUCACACUCUUUAUUGGGGAUGAACACAGGGGAUGUUCCGCAGCUUGCGAAGUCAGUGAUGGACUGAAAAGCAAAUCAAGGGCUCUUAUGGAGGGAUUUGUACUGUUAGUGUACACUGAGAGUACAAAUCAUUAGGAACACCUGCUCUUUCCAGGACAUAGACUGACCAGGUGAAUCCAGGUGAAAGCUAUGAUCCCUUAUUGAUGUCACUUGUUAAAUCCACUUCAAUCAGUGUAGAUGAAGUGUAGGAAACAGGUUAAAUAAUGAUUUUUAAGCCUUGAGACAAUUGAGACAUGGAGUGUGUAUGUGUGCCAUUCAGAGGGUGAAUGGGCAAGACAAAAUAUUUAAGUGCCUUUGAACGGGGUAUGGUAGUAGGUGCACGGGCCCUCAGAUCCUCAAAAAGUGAUACAGCUGCACCUUUGAGAGCAUCUUGACUGGCUGCAUCACCGCUUGGUAUGGCAACUGCUUGACAUCCGACCGCAAGGCGCUACAGAAGGUAAUGCGUACGGCCCAGUAGAUCACUGGGGCCAAGGUCCCUGUCAUCCAAGACCUCUAUACCAGGUGGUGUCAGAGGAAGGCCCUAAAAAUUGUCAAAGACUCCAGCCACCCAUGUCACAGUCUGUUCUCUAUGCUACUGCACGGCAUGCGAUACCGGAGCGCCAAGUCUGGGACCAAAAGGCUCCUUAACAGCUUCUACCCCAAAGUCAUAAGACUGCUGAACAGUUAAUUAAACCCAGACUUUCUGCUCUUCACCCCCUACCUAUAUGUACAUAUUACCUCAAUCAAUCACCCUAACUACCUCAUACCCUAGUACACUGAUUCGUUACUGGUACUCCUUGUAUAUAGCCUGUAUAUAGCCUCGUCAUUGUUAUUUUAUUGUGUUACUAUUUUAUUUUUAUCUAUUUGUUAAUUUUCUUAUUUUUUAACUGCAUUGUUGGGAAAGGGCUCGUAAGUAAGCAUUUCACGGUAAAGUCUACACUUGUUGUAUUCGGCGCAUGUGACAAAUACAAUGCUAUUUGAUUUGCCAGGCGCACCGGUAUGAGUGUGUCAAGAACUGCAAAGCUGCUGGGUUUUUCACACUCAACAGUUUCCUGUGUGUAUCAAGAAUGGUCCACCACCCAAAGGACAUUCAGCCAACUUGACACAACUGUGGGAAGCAUUGGAGUCAAUAUGGGCCAGCAUCUGUGGAAUGCUUUCGACACCUUGCAGAGUCCAUGCCCCGACGAAUUGAGGCUGUUCUGAUGGCAAAAGGGGGUGCAACUCAAUAUUAGGAAUGUGUUCCUAAUGUUUUGUACACUCAGUGUAUGCCCCAAUUAUCUCAUAUACCUGUAGUCUUCUAUGUUCCACAAAACUGUGUUAGCCUGUUGAGCUAAAGCCUUUGCAUUCACUUGGGAAGCCAACACAUGUUUUCAGGUCUCAGGCAAGGUUACUUACCACCGAGCAUGGUUCAGAACCACCUCUGUUACACUUACAAACGGAUACUACUGUGUUAUGAUAAUACAAACUUUCAACUACAGUGGCAUGGGACCGAAUGUAAAUUCAGACCAAUCACUACCUUUCUGCUUGUGGUACUGUAAAGGUUGGCCCUAACCUCAGAUCUAGGAUUAGAUUAUCCUACCACCAAACCUAGCCAUAACUAUUAGGAUGAUGAAAGUGGGGAGAACAAGUAUUUGAUAAACUGCCGAUUUUGCAGGUUUUCCUACUUACAAAGCAUGUAGAGGUCUGUAAUUUGUAUCAUAGGUACACUUCAACUGUGAGAGACGGAAUCUAAAACAAAAAUCCAGAAAAUCACAUUGUAUGAUUUUUAAGUAAUUAAUUUACAUUUUAUUGCAUGACAUAAGUAUUUGAUACAUCAGAAAAGCAGAACUUAAUAUUUGGUACAGAAACCUUUGUUUGCAAUUACAGAGAUCAUACGUUUCCUGUAGGUCUUGACCAGGUUUGCACACACUGCAGCAGGGAUUUUGGCCCACUCCUCCAUACAGACCUUCUCCAGAUCCUUCAGGUUUCGGGGCUGUCGCUGGGCAAUAUGGACUUUCAGCUCCCUCCAAAGAUGUUAUUUUGGUUCAGGUCUGGAGACUGGCUAGGCCACUCCAGGACCUUGAGAUGCUUCUUACGGAGCCACUCCUUAGUUUCCCUGGCUGUGUGUUUCGGGUCGUUGUCAUGCUGGAAGACCCAGCCACGACCCAUCUUCAAUGCUCUUACUGAGGGAAGGAGGUUGUUGGCCAAGAUCUCGCGAUACAUGGCCCCAUCCAUCCUCCCCUCAAUACGGUGCAGUCGUCCUGUCCCCUUUGCAGAAAAGCAUCCCCAAAGAAUGAUGUUUCCACCUCCAUGCUUCACGGUUGGGAUGGUGUUCUUGGGGUUGUACUCAUCCUUCUUCUUCCUCCAAACACGGCGAGUGGAGUUUAGACCAAAAAGCUCAAUUUUUGUCUCAUCAGACCACAUGACCUUCUCCCAUUCCUCCUCUGGAUCAUCCAGAUGGUCAUUGGCAAACUUCAGACGGGCCUGGACAUGCGCUGGCUUGAGCAGGGGGACCUUGCGUGCGCUGCAGGAUUUUAAUCCAUGACGGCGUAGUGUGUUACUAAUGGUUUUCUUUGAGACUGGGGUCCCAGCUCUCUUCAGGUCAUUGACCAGGUCCUGCCGUGUAGUUCUGGGCUGAUCCCUCACCUUCCUCAUGAUCAUUGAUGCCCCACGAGGUGAGAUCUUGCAUGGAGCCCCAGACCGAGGGUGAUUGACCGUCAUCUUGAACUUCUUCCAUUUUCUAAUAAUUGCGCCAACAGUUGUUGCCUUCUCACCAAGCUGCUUGCCUAUUGUCCUGUAGCCCAUCCCAGCCUUGUGCUGGUCUACAAUUUUAUCCCUGAUGUCCUUACACAGCUCUCUGGUCUUGGCCAUUGUGGAGAGGUUGGAGUCUGUUUGAUUGAGUGUGUGGACAGGUGUCUUUUAUACAUGUAACGAGUUCAAACAGGUGCAGUUAAUACAGGUAAUGAGUGGAGAACAGGAGGGCUUCUUAAAGAAAAACGAACAGGUCUGUGAGAGCCGGAAUUCUUACUGGUUGGUAGGUGAUCAAAUACUUAUGUCAUGCAAUAAAAUGCAAAUGAAUUACUUAAAAAUCAUACAAUGUGAUUUUCUGGAUUUUUGUUUUAGAUUCCGUCUCUCACAGUUGAAGUGUACCUAUGAUAAAAAGUACAGACCUCUACAUGCUUUGUAAGUAGGAAAACCUGCAAAAUCGGCAGUGUAUCAAAUACUUGUUCUCCCCACUGUAUAUCUGAUUCUGGAUCAGCAGUUAGAGGCAACUUCUACUGUCUGGAAUACAGGAACGGGAACCGAUCUUCUGCCCACUAUGUCUGUUAGUUAAUUAAGUAAAGUGUCAUUUUCUAGCAGUAAGCUUCGUUAAAAUAAGUGCCCUGCCCCUCGUUAAGAGGCAAUUAGUGCCGACACAGAGAUAGGAGAGGGCGGGAGGGGAGUGGUCCCUUUUUGGAACGUCUCCAGUUUUGGAACCUCUAAUCAUCGAGAUAAAGGUAAAUAUUAAUUUCUAUGAGUUUUAUCCCUCACAUAUCUUUGUCUGGUAAUACACUGGGGUGUGAGACGACAAUGUGAUCUAGGGUUGGGCGGUGUCCAGAAUUUUAGAACUUCAUACCAUUCCUGUACCAUACCGGCGUAUACCGCUAUUUCUUUCCAAAUGUAAAAAAACUAACGAAUGCUAACAAAGUACUAUUCCCAUAGCUGACGCUAGCUAAAAGCUAACAAGCGCAAACAAAAAUAAACUAAUCGCAAAGACAGACAACCCAGCUCAUAAAGUUAUUAAAAUAUCUCAAAAGGCUAUUCACAGUUUGUUGCAUGUACAAAACUAAUAUUAGGUAGCUGGGAUCUUGAUCCAGGAAGGGGAUUGAUUUUCUUUGCUGUAACCAAGAAGCUUGAUCUUGCAAGCUAACCACUUAGCUAGCAAGUUAGCAAACCAAAUGCAUAGCUGGAGCCCUGAGCUGGAGAGAAUUUAUAUGGCACAUCUUAGAUAGUUAACCAGUGGAGGCUGAUGGGAGGAGCUAUAGGAGGACGGGUUCAUUGUAAUGGUUGUAACGGAAUAAAUGGAAUGGAAACAAUCACAUCAAAUAUAUGGAAAUCACAUGUUUGACUCCAUUCCAUUUAUUCCAUUCCAGCCAUUACAAUGAACUCAUCCUCCUAUAGCUCCUGCCACCAGCCUCCACUGUAGUUAACAUACACUUAUAAGAUCAUUAGCUGGCAAACAUUAGUGUAACUUGGUCACCACUGCACAUCAGUGGAUCGUCACAUCACGAUACUUCAGUUUGCUCCGUGUGCUCUUUGUAAACAAACAUACCAUGUGAUUGGCUCAAUCAGCUGCUUUGGAGAAUGGCUUUAAAUUGAAAAAAAUAUGAAACAGGUGAAAUGAAGAAUGCAAUCUGCUUUAUAUAGUGCACAAGUUGACUGCAGAUAUUUAUUUUAAAAUAACAAAUAAUAAAAUGGAUGAAAAAACAAGAAAAACAACAACAUAUCAACUGUAUUGACUGUAUUUUAAAUCAUACCAUGGGUAUUUGAAAAUACCCCGGUAUGCCUAUACCGCCCAAGCCUAAUGUGAUCUACAUUACAUUCAGAAAGUGUUCACACACCUUGAUGUUUUCUAAAUUUUGGUGUGUUACAGCUUGAAUUUAAAAUUGAUUAAAUUGAGUGUUUUUGUCACUGGCCUACACACAAUACCCCAUAAUGUAAAAGUGGAAUUAUGGUUUUUUUGUUGAAAUUAAUUACAAAUUAAAAGCUGAAAUGUCUUGAGCCCAUAAGUAUUCAUCCCCUUUGUUAUGGCAAGCCUAAAUAAGUUCAGGAGUAAAAAUGUGCUUAACAAGUCACACAAUAAGUUGCAUGGACUCACUGUGGAAUAAUAGUGUCUAACAUAAUGUUUGAAUGACUACCUCAUCUCUGUACCCCCAAACAUACAAUUAUCUGUAAGGUUCCUCAGUCGAGCAGUGAAUUUUAAACACAGAUUCAACUACAAAGACCAGGGAGGUUUUCCAAUGCCUCGCAAAGAAGGGCACCUAUUGGUAGAUGGGUAAAAACAAAAAAAAGCAGAGACUGAUUAUCCCUUUGAGCAUGGUGAAGUUAUUAAUUACACUUUGGAUGGUGUAUAAAUACACCCAGUCACUACACAAAGAUACAGGCAUCCUUCCUAACUCUGUUGCCGGGAGGAAGGAAACCGGUCAGGGAUUUCACCAUGAGGCCGAUGGUGACUUUAAAAUAGUUACAGAGUUUAAUGGCUGUGAUAGGAGAAAACUGAGGAUGGAUCAACAACAUUGUAGUUACUCCACAAUACUAACCUAAUUGACAGAGUGAAAGAAGGAAGCCUGAAAAAACAUGCAUCCUGUUUGCAACAAGGCACUAAAGUAAUACUGCAAAAAACGUUUUGUCCUGAAUACAAAGUCUGUGGCAAAUCCAAUUAAACAUAUUACUGAGUACCACUCUCCAUAUUUUCAAGCAUAGUUGUGGCUCCAUCAUGUUAUGGGUAUGCUUGUAAUCAUUAAGGGAGUUUUUCAGGAUAAAAAAGAAAUGGAGCUAAGCACAGGCAGAAUCCUAGAGGAAAACCUGGUUCAGUCUGUUUUCCAUCAGACACUGAGAUAAGUUCACCUUUCAGCCGGACAAUAACCUAAAACACAAGGCCAGAUCUACACUGGAGUUUCUUACCAAGAACACAGUGAAUGUUCCUGAGUGGCCGAGUUAUAGUUUUGACUUAAAUCUGCUUGAAAAUCUAUGGCACGACUUGAAAAUGUCUAGCAAUGAUCAACAACCAGUGUGACAGAGCUUGAAGAAUUUUGAAAAGAAUAAUGGGCAAAUAUUGUACAAUCCAGGUGUGCAAAGCUCUUAGAGACUUACCCAAAAAAGACUCACAGCUAUAAUCGCUGCCAAAGGUGAUUCUAACGUGUAUUGACUCAGGGGUGUUAUGUAAAUGAGAUAUUUCUGUAUUUAAUUUUCAAUCAAUUUGCUACAACUUCUAAAAACAUGUUUUCACAUUGUCAUUAUGGGGUAUUGUGUGUAGAUGGGUGAGAAAAAAAUCAAUUUAAUACAUUUUGAAUUCAGGCUGUAACACAACAAAAUGUGGAAUAAGUUAAGGGGUAUGAACACUUUCUCAAGGCACUGUAAGUUUCCUUAAUUUCUCUCUAGCCUCAUUCCCUUUCAUUGAGAUGUAGCCCUGACCUAAGAAGCCAACCAAGUGCUGUCUCAAUCCACCUGAAUCAGUUAGCUCACCUGAGAGCAGGCUGUCAUUUAGCAGCCAGUCAUUAGUGACAGUGACUGUGUGUGUGUUCCCUUUCAGUGUCAGUUGACCCCUCAUUUUUGGUGUACUUUUAAAAUGGUGUGUGUUAAAAGUGUAUAUUUUACUAAUAUAUGGUCUGGAACAAGACUCUCUGCUGUGCACAAGGACAAUACAUCUUAUUUUUCUCCUGAUAUAGGAUAUUAAUGUGUCUCUCCUCUCUCCAGUCUGAAAGUCGCCCUCUCUUCCCCUCCCGUGGGCGAUGCCGUUGACCUCUCUGGCGUGCCACUGGGUGUAUGGGACAUGGAGUGCCUGGCUGCCCACCUCUGUCUGCACACCACCUGUGUGCGAAGCCUCGAGUUGGGCUUCACCGAGCUCACGGACCAGGUCAUAUGAAAACGGCUCAACAUUACGAAUACAGCUUGUAUAAUAUAGUUAAUCACUACGACCCUUUGUCAGUUGAACCAAAAAUCAUAGUAUUUCACGUUCUAAAACGAAAAUUAGAAACUGAGCAAGAGCUUGUGUAACCCACAGAGAUCGAACACUAGAUCGCAACAACGUGGACAUCUUUUCCCUCCCUCAGCCCUUCCUCAUGGGCCUAAGGAAGCACUGCCCCAAGCAGUGCAAGCUGCCCACCAUCCAGGAGCAGGAAGAUGCCCAGAGACAGGAGGGCCAUGCCCAGGGAAAGUACUCCAACGGCAUGCCAACCGAGGGGGAAAGCAGGGCUGGAGCUGUGGAUGGGACCUCUGGGGAGUGGCAAGGAUGGAGGACACUGGACGAUACUGAGGAAGAGGAAGAGGAGGAAGAGGAGUUAGAGGAUGAGCUAUGGGACUGUAACAUGAGGAAUCCAGUGAAUGGAGACGGAAUACAAAAAUAUUUAAAAAGCGUUGUGCACAGUGGCGUUGGCAAAUCAUCAUUCAGCCAAUCCAAGCAGCCAAUAGGAAGGAAGAUUGAUGAUCACGUGUCCCCUCAGUCAACCAAUCAGACCUGA